AUGGCCCGUGGAGGUCGAAAAUGUAAGCGCACUGCCAAUGGAUUGAGAGAUGAACCAAUUGAGCAACCUCCCUCAUGUCAUGAAACAAGGCAGCAGCCUCCACUUGGAACAAGCCAUGAAAAUGUAAUUGAACAAGUUCAAGGAGAAGCUGCUCGGGCACCUCAAUCUCCAAUCCAGAAUUCUACAUUGGGAAUAAUGCAUGAAUCAGGUGACCAAGUUACUCAACAAGCUGAUGGAGGAAAAGAAACUACAAAUGAUUCAAGUGAAGUACAUCAGAAAACCCGAGGCCCUACAUUUAUGAAAGAAAUUUGGGGUCGGCCUAAGGACUUUCCACGGAUUGAGAUUAAACUCGAUGACAAUGGGAUCCCAAUAAGUGAGAAAACCUCUUUUUCUGAAUUCUUGGGCAGUUUGGCUAGGAAUGGUAUGUAUUGUCCAAUAGAUGUUGAAAGUUGGCUUAAGAUGCCAAGGAAACUUAAAAUGGACAUGUUAGAAGUGAUAAAGGAAAGGUUUGCUUUGCCUAUGGGACUAGAAGCUUGGACCUUAAGAUCUAUUGGCAAAAAAUGGAGAAGCUGGAAGGCAGAUUUAAAGGCUACAUAUUUUGAUCCUGCCGUGCCAAAUGCUGAAGCUCGGUUUCAAAAGGACAUAAGGGUACGGGAAGAGCAAUGGAUCAAACUUUGGGUUUAUUGGAAAAGUGAAGAAGCAAAGGUCAAACAGUUGGGAAGACCUCCUACUAGAGUAGAAAUGUUCAAUAAGUUUUAUACCCAUGCCGAUGGAACUCCAUCAAGUAUCAUAGUUGCUGAGAAUUUGAAAAAAAUGAAUGAGCUGAAAAAUCAGCUUCCAUCGGAGUCGCAAGAUCCAGUUGGUCGCAAUGAUAUAUUUGCCCAGGUGGUUGGGCAAGACAAACAUGGUCAUGUUCGCUUGUUUAGUGACGGUGUGAAUCCAACGGACUUAUGGGAAGACAUUCCUAGUCAUAACACAUGUUACCGUAUAAGUGUUCAACAACAGUCAACAUUGGUCCGUUUGGAGGAAAGGCUUCAGCGACAAGAUGAUGAAAUAGCCAGCUUGAAGAAAAUGGUUUUAGUUCAACAUGGAAGGGGCUCUCCAAUUGACAGCCCGAGACAUCCUUCAUCAUCAUCUAACAAUGUGUCAAGCCAAACUCCAUCGCGAGCCACGCGACCUAUUCGAGUAGGGAAUAUGGUUUCACUAAAAAGUUUGUUUGACCCAACAAAAAUCGUGGCAAAGGGAUAUUUACGGAGUCUGAAUCCAUUGGAUGAGGUCGGGGGACAAGCUCUUGGGCCAAACUGGUGUGAAAUACAGAUACAAGUUGCAAUGAGUCCACAUGAGCAAUUGAUUAGACCGUAUGAUUUGCAGCAAACAAUUCAAGAUGCACUUGGUGCACCAGUUGCUUGGCCUUGUCAUUUGGUGGAAACAGCUGAAGAAUGA